AUGGACGACGACUUUGGCGCCGACGCCGCCCUCCUCGAGGCCAUGGCUUCAGCCGAUACUGCUCCCCCUCCACGCCCCAAGGUCACCCAACCGACACCCCAGCGUCUCGACAAGGCACCUCCCACCUCUGCCUUGAGCGGCAGCAAGCCAGGCGUCACGCAGCCCACGCCGCAAGCCCUCGCGAAGCCCUCCGGCGGCUCCUCCAUCCUCGUCUCCCCACGCCAGCGCGGCAACCCCGUCCUCACCGCGCUCAAGAGCAUACCGUGGGAGUACUCCGACAUCCCUGCCGACUACGUCCUCGGCCUGACGACCUGCGCGCUCUUCCUCUCGCUGAAAUACCACCGCCUCCAUCCCGAAUACAUCUACACGCGGAUACGCAACCUGCAGGGCAAAUACAAUCUACGCAUCGUGCUGACCAUGGUCGACAUUCCGAACCACGAAGACCCCCUCCGGGAGCUCAGCAAGACGAGUCUGGUCAACGGCGUCACGCUGCUGCUCUGCUGGAGCGCGGCCGAGGCGGCGCGCUACCUGGAACUCUACAAGGCCUACGAGAACGCCGCCUUCACCGCCAUCAAGGGCCAGCAGGCGAGCACUUACGCCGACCGGCUGACGGACUUUGUCACGGUGCCGCGGUCCCUCAACAAGUCGGACGCCAUCGCGCUCGUGGCCAACUUUGGCUCGCUCCGCAACGCGAUCAACGCGGAGCAGGAGGCGCUCGGCAUGAUCAGCGGGUGGGGCGGCACCAAGGUCAAGAGAUGGGUCACGGCGGUCGAGGAGCCGUUUCGCGUCAAGAAGACGGCCAAGCGUGGCGUACGGCGGGACGAGUCUACUGUCGGCGGCGGUGACCGCACGGAUGUGCUGCACGAGGCGAGGCCGUUGGCGAGGGUGCCGCUACGGGAGAUGUCGACGACGGGCGCUGCCAAGGGCGCCGCGAGUACGCCGGCGGCUAAACAGUAUGCAGUCGCUGGCGAUGUGAGCGACAGUGAGAAUGAGGAGGAAGCCAUGAUGGCGGCGGCCAUGGAGGAGUCGCGGCGGAUGGCGGAGGAUGCGCAGAGGAAGAGUCAGGGAGAACACGGGAAGAAUGGAGAGGAGGCGAGCGGCUCUGGGUUGACGGACGGUGUUGCCGCUGCUUUGGCCAAGCUUCGUGAUGGCAGCUGA